AUGGCUAGGGUGAAUCUGGGGAUGAUGUUGGUGAUUGGCAAGGAUAUGGAAGGUGGCAGGAUGCCGGUGAACCCUACCCAGCCUUCACAACCCUUCCAAACUCCCGCGGAAUCCCUAGUGAAAUCCGAGAUUCCAGCUCCCGAGUCGAACGAAUCACUUCCUCCAGCCGCCUCUUCUAUUCCGGAUUCCUCACCGCCGGUUUCGUACACCAUCACAAUACCCAGUUGCUCCAGUUGGUUUUCUUGGGAUCAAAUUCAUAAGACAGAGAAGAGAACCCUUCCGGAGUUUUUCGAUGAGAGGUCGGCUUCCAAGAACCCAAGCGUCUACAAGUAUUACAGGGAUUCCAUCAUACGACGCUUCAGAUCGAACCCUUCUAGGAAGAUCACGUUCACGGAGGCCCGGCGCGGACUGGUCGGGGACAUUGGAUCCGUACGAAGGGUUUUUGAUUUCCUGGAGGCGUGGGGUUUGAUUAAUUACACGCCUUCCAUGAGGCCGCUGCCAAAGGAGAAAAAGGAGGCGGGGGAUACGGUGGAGAGGAAGGUUAGCUCUAAGAAGCUCUGCAGCAAUUGCAAAUCGCACUGUAGCAUGGUUUGCUUCGUGACGGACAAGACAGAUAUGGUUCUCUGUGCAAGGUGCUUUGUCCGUGGCAAUUAUCGUGCUGGUCUUAAUUCAGCAGAUUUUAAACGUGUUGAUCUUAGUGAAGAAACAAAGACAGAGUGGACAGACAAAGAGACCCUUCACCUCCUUGAAGCCGUUUUGCAUUAUGGUGAAGAUUGGAAAAAGGUGGCAGAACAUGUUGGCAGAAAUGAAAAAGAUUGUGUUGCCAGGUUCAUCAAGCUGCCUUCUGGGGAGCAGUUCUUGGGGCCGCCAGAGUUUAAUGAAAAUGAUAAGGUUGAUGCUGAUUUUACAGAGCCAAGUCUCUCAAAAAAAAGGCGGUUAACACCUUUAGCUGAUGCAAGCAACCCCAUAAUGGCUCAGGUGGCCUUUUUAGCUGCUAUGGCUGGCCCAGAAGUAACUGAAACUGCAACAGAUGCUGCCAUUGCUGCUUUAAAUGAGGUUGAACUUUCCAGUAUCAACAAUGACAAUGGUGGAAAGAUUGGUAUGAACAAUCAAGAAAAUGAGGAAGCAAAUGAUGAGAGUUCCGAAGUUUACAAAGAUGCUGCUGCUAAUGCACAGUCUCAGCUCAACACGGAACAGCAGGCUAUAGAACAAUCAAUAGCAGGCAUUGUGGAUGUCCAGAUGAAGGAAAUCCAAGAAAAACUAGUGCAUUUUGAGGAGUUGGAGCUGCUGAUGGAGAAAGAAUGGCAGCAACUGAAAUAUAUGAAGGAUCUCCUCUUUGCUGAUCAGCUCACCUUUCUGCAACAGAAGCCUAAAUUAACGUCUGAGAAACUUUAGCUGUGGAGAAGAUGGAAGCUGAUGUUGUUGCUUUAAAGAUGAGUAAUUUAGUUAUAUAUUUUUUUUUCAGUUUUUCGGGUGUUCUUAACACGAUGUACAGUUUAUUCCGGCAAUCCCGCAUCGGACUAGAGUCAGAAACCAGCAAACCAUACUGGAUCUAAUCUAAUUCUGACAUAAAAUGGGAGAAAAUGGGUAAAUCUGCCUGGACAACUCAAAUUAACCCACCCAUAGUUGCUUGAUGUAAAUUGAUCGACCCAACCCAAACUG